AAAGAAUUUCGCAGGCACUUAACCCGAAAGAAACCCUAAGGUUGCUCAAACCUUUGUACAUGGCGGACAAAGCAGCUUCGCUUCUGAACCUCGCCGAGAUCGAAGGCAGAGGGAGGGCUCUAGCGGCGGCUCAGCCGCUGCGAGGUGGCCAAAUCGCCCUCUGGGACUCUUCUAUUCUUCUCUGCUCUGCUCUUCCGACUACUUGUUAUUGCGCCAAUUGCUUCAAAAUCUUGCCUCAGUCCUCCUCGUCGCAAGCCGUCUCGUGCCCUACGUGCGAUCGCCACGCAUUUUGCAGCCCCAGCUGUCUCUGCGCCGCCUUGACGACGUCGCACCCUCCUUGGGUCUGUCAAGCGCUGUCUCGUUUGGUUGCUUGCCCUCUGCUCGACGGGCAGCCUCUCGAACGCCAUGUCCAGGCUCGGUUCCUUAUCGCCGCUUGCAAUCUCGCGACCGUCUCUCCUUCGUAUUUCCAGCUACUGCUCUCUCUCCAGGGCCGAGAGGCUCACACGGACGACACCAUUGCGGCUGCGCAGUUCCUGCAUUCGCUGCUCGCCUCGGUUUGUCCUCCCCCUCCUCCGGCUUCGCCUUUCCCUCAGGGGUUUUCUUUUGAAAUGAUCGUCGCGUUGCUUUCGAGGGACAAGCUCAAUGCUUUCUGUUUGAUGGAGCCGGUUUCGUCGCGGGAUGGGGACGAAUUGGAUGGGGAGAUAUCGAUAAUCCAUGAUGAGGGAAAAAAUUUGAGUUUGUAAUGCCAGAUGCCAUUUGCUCUGCGACCAUGGUGGAGCUACUAUUCUCUGGAGGUGAAUUUUCUUUCUUUAUGUACAUUUAGGAUAUUGAGCAACAUCUAUUGAAUGAAGUAUGGAGAAUUUUUUACCAUGAGUUCCUUCAUGAAAUCAAGGGUGUGUACUGAUAAGCUCGAAUGUUCUGUGGAUCCUUAAGUUAACUAAGUUGCUCAGAUUUUUCAAUCUUCAGAUUUUGCGGCU